AUGCGCAGCAUUCAUGGUGGUGUGAAGUACUCAUAUGAGUCAUAUUCUCAAUCUCCUUUCUCAGCAUACCAAGCUCCUAACGAUGCAAACACUACCAACGAGAAAGAUGCAACAACGUCAUCAUCACUCAGCAGAAUCAGUCCACUCAUUUUGCUGGUCAUUAUAGUUCUAGCAGUUAUCUUCUUCGUGUAUGGACUUGUCCAUUUGGUUCUAUGGUUUUUCAUGAAAACACCAAACCCUUCAUCAAUCUACAACUCCAACAGGUUCCACGAAUCCACGCGCUCACGUGUUCUUCAGAGGCAGCUUCAACAACUCUUCCGGUUGCACGAUUCAGGUCUAGACCAAGCCCUCAUAGACGCUCUACCCGUUUUCCAUUACCAAGACUUGUUGGGUUCGAAGGAACCGUUUGAUUGUGCUGUGUGUUUAUGCGAGUUCUCCGAGGACGACAAGCUGAGGCUGCUUCCUAUGUGCACACACGCGUUUCACAUGAACUGUCUUGACACAUGGCUUCUCUCGAAUUCCACGUGUCCUCUUUGCAGGGCAUCUCUCUCCAACUACGUGGAGAAUCAGAAUCAGAAUCCAAUGUUGUUUAAUGUUGGCAUUGGCAAUUCAAAUUCUUUGGUUCUGCCAAGUGGGUUCAGAGAUGAGGAAGAGAACGGAUGUUCAGAGAGUGAAAGAUCAGUUGGGAAAAGGGUGUUUUCUGUGAGACUUGGAAAAUUCAGAAACAAUGGGUUGGAGUUAGAGGGUGUAGAGGGAGAAGGGUAUGGUAGUUGUAGUUUGAAUGAGAGGAGAUGCUACUCCAUGGGUUCAUAUCGGUAUGUGGUUCGUGAUUCGAAUCUGCAAGUGGUGUUGUCUGAAUCUCAUAAUGUGUCAGACAAUGAAAAUGUGGAGGGAAAGAUGAUAAACGACUCAACCAAAGGUGAGAGCUUCUCUGUUUCCAAGAUAUGGCUUUGGUCCAAGAAGACCAGAUUUCAUGAUUCUAAUGCAGCUUUCCCUUAG